UGAAUCUAUGCACCGACUCUCCAUCCUAUUUCCUUUCUCCUUUUUUUAUCUCUUGAUUUUGCAUUAUCCUUUUUAUUUUCCCCAUUCUUUCCUUUUUUGCCCCCCAAUUAACUGAGCAGGCCUCCUUCUUUUCUCUCUCCUAUAAAAACAUAACCAACCCCUAAAAGUUUAUUUUUUUUAGAAGAAGAUCCAAAAUAGAAAUGGGAACUGGGUGGAGAAAAGCAUUCUGCUCAACCAUCCCAAAAGAUAGAGAAAAAGAAAGACCAACUCAUCGCCACCACAACAACCACCGUGAACUGGUGGAUGUACUUCCAAUUCCCACUCCUACUCCUACUCCUACUCCUAAAACUAGGUCUAAAUUAAGCUUGUUUUCAAGUAUCAGUAACCCUUCAACUCCUAAAACUAGGUCUAAAUUAAGCUUGUUUUCAAGUAUCAGUAACCCUUCAACCCCUAGAUUACGCGUCCGCACCACAACAACCACCGUUGAUAACACCACAACCACAACCACCACCACCACCCCUACCCUAACCCCCAACAGUAGUGGUAAACUCGAAUGCAAGUUGGGGUCUAACCCUUCUUCUCCUCGCUCUCCUUUCGCCAUUCUUAGAAACACACUCCGUCUAACGAAGAAUGGAUGUGGGCUAUGUAUGCAGAGUGUAAAGACAGGGAAAGGGAUGGCGAUUUACACGGCGGAAUGCUCACACACAUUCCAUUUCCCAUGUAUAGCUGCUCAUGUGAGGAAGCAAGGGUGCUUGAUCUGUCCAGUGUGCAAUGUCACAUGGAAAGAUGUCCCUCUUCUUUCGUUACACAACAACAACAACAACAACAACAACCCGGCCGAAGCCGAUGCCGAUGAGAUCAUUGAAAAGAAAACCAUCAUUUCCACAACCACCCAUCCUGCUGCCAUGAGCGCUCCUGCUACACCUACUGGGAGUGCCAGGAUCCACUUUGAGGACAAGAGACUUGUUAAAAGAUCGCCUUACAAUGACGAUGAGCCGCUUCUCUCUCCUCGUUUUGAUCCCAUUCCAGAGGCUGAAGGAGAAGAUGCAGAUGAUACUGAGGAAUUCCAAGGUUUUUUCGUUGCCUCAAAGAAACCGGCUACUACUAGCACUACCACCACCAGUAAGUCUUCAGUGGAUCCCUACAACUCGGUUAAUGUUAAAAAACCACCACCACACGUGGAGGUGAAGCUAUUGCCGGAGGCGGCGGUUGUUUCAGGUAGUCGGACUCACGAGACGUACGCGGUGGCGUUGCGUGUGAAAGCACCUCCAACCCCGGAGGCGAUUCUAUCUCCAACCCACCGCGCACCAAUUGACCUCGUCACAGUCCUUGAUGUUAGUGGUAGUAUGACAGGACCCAAGUUGUUAAUGUUAAAACGAGCCAUGAGGUUGGUCAUAUCUUCUCUGAGCUCCGCCGACCGUUUAGCGAUUGUGGCCUUUUCCUCCGCCCCGCAGCGGUUGUUGCCACUCCGUAGGAUGACUUCUCAAGGGCAGAAAUCGGCGCGAAAAAUCAUUGACCACCUAAGUUGCGGCCAAGGGACUUCCGUUGGAGAGGCACUUACAAAAGCCGCUAAAGUGUUAGAAGACCGGAGACAGAAAAACCCGGUUUGCACUAUCAUUCUUUUAUCUGAUGGUCAAGAUGAUCUCCCUACUUCAAACCAACGGCAACGGCAACGGCAGAGAGCAUCCAAGAUGUCAUCCACCCAGUUUGCCCAUAUUGAGAUCCCGGUCCAUCCUUCCGGGUUCGGGUUUCGAACUCCGGAGACAAAACAAGACGCUUUUGCCAAAUGCGUCGGAGGUUUGUUAAGUGUUGUGGUUCAAGAUUUACGGGUUCAACUCGGGUUUGCCUCCGGUUCGGCUUCUGCUGAAAUAAUGGCGGUUUAUUCUUGCAACGGUCGACCGAGUUUAAUGAGCUCUGAUUCGGCUCGGCUUGGAGACUUGUACGCCGAAGAGGAGAGAGAAUUGUUGAUAGAAGUGAAGGUACCAAUGUCAGCAAGUGGGGCCCACCAUGUGAUGUCUGUUCGUUGUAGUUACAAAGAUCCGGUAACUAAAGAGGUGAUGUAUGGGAGGGAGAGGGCCCUACUAGUGCCACGGCCCCACGCGAUCAGAUCAUCUGACCCAAGAAUCGAACGGCUACGAAACCUCUUUAUAUACACUCGAGCCGUAGCCGAGUCAAGACGGUUGGUUGAGCACUACGACUUCAGUAGUGCUCACCACCUACUCUCAUCGGCUCGAGCCUUGAUUUUACAAUCCUCGGCUAAUGGGUUAACCUCAGCCGAGGAGUAUGCAAAAGGGUUAGAGUGUGAGUUAGGGCAUGUACAUUGGAGGAAGCAAUAUCAAGUACAAAAGGAGCAAGAAGCUGCUAACGUGGUCCAGCAUAUGGUGGAUGAAAAUGGGGACCCACUUACACCAAAGUCGGCUUGGAGAACGGCUGAGCAGCUUGCUAAGGUGGCUAAAAUGAAGAAGUCGUUAAACCGGUCCGUUAGUGAUUUACUCGGCUUCGAAAAUGCUCGGUUUUGAAUUAAUUUUUUUGAAGUGAAGGAGAAAAUCGAGUGAAUUUAAAUGGAAAGAGAAAAAAAGAAAAAGAAAAAGAAAAAGGGGGUGGCGGGAUUCGUGAACACGUCAACACAUGAUGAGAGAGACAAAAGGAAGUACCCGACGGCGCGGGCCUUUUUUCAACAGAAAGAGAUGAAGGCCCACAUUUGUGUGAUGGAUUUUGGGCUUUUUAAAGAGGGGGACCUUUUCCUUGUCUCUUUUGUUUUUUCUUUUUAAAUGUUUUUGGAAUUUCUAAGGUUUUAGAAGAAAGAAAAAAAUAAUCCAAUUGUAAUGAAGCUCAUUAAUUUUUACUCAUGAAAAAGAGAUAGUUGUAAAUGCAAUGAUGGAAACCUUUUUUUGAGUAA